AUGCUCGCUCGGUUCCAAUUCGUCGACCCACAGACCAGCGAGUACAAGCGCCGCGGAUCACAGGCCCUGGUGUAUGGAGGUAUGACCUUUCUGCGCGUUGGCAUCGCAGCAGACGCCGCCACCACUCUUGCACGCGCUGUCACAAUUGCCAUUCGCUAUGCCGCCAUUCGUCAGCAGUUUGCAGAUGAGACUCGGCAUCCCAGGCUGAACAAGCAAGUUUUCUCAACUACAGCAUGGUGCAGUAUCGUCUUCUCCCUCUCAUCGGCACAGCGUACGGGCUUCAGUUUGCUGCCGAAGGCCUGCGCGGUCUCUAUGUCUCACGGAACUACCAUCUCCGUCGAGGGAAUUGAGACUGCGCGCCGCGCCUGCGGCGGUCACGGAUACAGCCACUACUCUGGCAUCGGCCACCUGUACAGCGAAAUGCUCCCGAGUGUUACGUAUGAGGGCGACAACUACAUGCUCACAAAGCAAGUAGCCCGUGCCCUAAUCAAGGGAGCCAAGGCCAAGAGCGCCAUGUUUGCGGACUACAACCCAUCUGCCAAGUUUGACUUUGCAAAGGAUGUCGACAUUAUCAAAGCGUACGGCCACCGCGUCGCCUUCCAAACCUUCCAGAUCAUACGCCUUCGUGAUACCGGGUCGACGUGGAACGCACUUCUUAUUCCAUUCUGGCGCCUGUGUACCGCCUACGCACAAUUCAUCAUUUGCAGUUCUCGCAGACCUCUUCCGCCUACACGCCCUUACGACGUUGACAAUUACGCCUCCGAGUUUGCCGACGCCCAGGCCGUGCCGGCGGCCCUGCGCGAUGGUGUUUCACGCCAAAAAGCCAUUGCGGACCUGCUGUCCAAGAUCCGCCCGCACGCAGUCAACCUCAUGGACGGCUGGGCGUUCAGCGAUCUCGUCCUCAACUCGUCCCUCGGCAGGAGCGACGGCAAAGCCUACGAGAGCAUGUUUCGUCGGGCGGCUGCCAACCCAGUCAAUACCCUCACGUUUGACCCCGUCCGGAAUCGAGUGUGCUCAUCAAGAGCAGACAGGCGGUGGCAAAGCUGUAAACGUCCGUAUUUGUUGAAGACUAGUGAUAUGAAAGGGCUGUCAGAUUGUCAAAUGGCAAUGCGUGUGACUUGCCAGUACGAUAACGUCUAG